AUGCAUUGUACUAUGACGUCGAACAAAAAUAUUGAAUUCAUAGAUUUGACAAAAGAUGAACAAAUUCACGAAGAACCAAUAAUGAAUAAUCAAUGUCAAUAUACUUUUCGAAUUCUAAUUGAAAAUGAGAUUUCAUCAACAACAAAUAUACAAAAACCAACUCAUAGUUCAAUUAAUCAUCAGCAAACAUCGAAAUCAAGCAUUCACAAUGAUCAAACGAAAAAACUUAAGUCAUAUAUCAAUAAAUAUAUGAUCAUAGAUUGUCUAAAAGGAUUACAAAUGUUACCGAAUAAUUCAGUUCAAUGUAUUGUUACUUCACCACCCUACAAUAAACUUGGUCUUCGAGAAGGUCGUCCGUAUUAUGGACAAAUUAUUUAUGAUACAUAUGAUGAUAAUAUGAAUAUCAACAAUGGCAAUGUAAUUUAUUAA